AAAAGAGCUUUGAAGUAGGAAGGAGGGUUUGCCAACAGCCAUUGGGGAGGAUAUCACAGAGAGGGAUAUGUUAGCGAAAAGGUUGAUUUUGUUCUUCAGGAAUUCUCCAUCUUCGAAGCUUUCCAGCAAUGGGAAUCCUGUGAAUGAUGAAAAGAACAAGUCGUUUGCUCGAAAAGCAGUUUCCUUUGUCUUGAUUACUGUAACAGGCGGUGUCGCCUUGAGUGCUCUUGAUGACCUCGCCAUCUACCAUGGCUGUAGCAGAAAGGCAAUGGAGAAAGCCAGUAAGAAUCAAACAAUCAUAAAUGCUAUCGGAGAACCAAUUAAGAAGGGACCAUGGUAUAAUGCUUCUCUUGCUGUAGCUCACAAGAGGCAGUCUGUAUCUUGCACAUUCCCCGUGUCUGGACCACAAGGCGAUGGAGUAUUACAAUUGAAGGCAGUUCGAAACAAAGAUAAUGAUUGGUUUUCCUAUUUUCUACCUCGAGAUUGGGAGAUCCUAAUCAUGGAAGCCCUGCUAUAUGUUCCUGGGAAUGAAGAGAAGCGGCAAACGUUACGAAUUAGUCUCCUUGAAAACUCCCCUCCUCCAGCUUGCAUUGCAUGCACUGAAUGCAAGCCUCGACCAUCUGAGAAUGAAGACAAGAAAUGAGAAUCCACACUCAAGGAGGUGAUAUAUCUUUUCAUUGGAAUUUCAACCCUUAUCUUGUUAGUACUAGUGAGAUGAAAUCUUAUGUGUGCCUGAGAAGAAUAAAAUUUGAGAAAACUUUGCAAUCAUUUGUAGCAUAAAAAUAUGGUAUAGGACAAUUGAUUUUGACAUUUUGAGGCA